AAUCCGACAACAGUCUUUCAGUAGCAUCUUAAAAUACUCUCAAACCAUAAUCAUCUAUAUUCCCAUCUUCGCAGUAUAUCCCAAUGUUCCUCACAAUGUCUCUUGUUGCAGUUGGGGCAUGCUAUAUCGAUACUAUCUUGACAACCCCGCGUUACCCAGAGGAAGAUGAGAAACUACGUGCUUCUAGGAUUUCACAUCGCCGUGGAGGAAACUGUCCUAAUACUAUCCAGGUAAUGCAACAGCUGAUUGCGCAAAGAUUGUCAACCGCACAAACUUCACUGGAGCUUGUGGCCGUGCUCCCAAGGCGUUGUUCAAACGCCUCGCAACAAUUUAGGGACGCAUUUGAACCUGCUGUAUCAUGCACCCAUUGCAUCUACCGGAUUCAGUAUGAGGAACCUGCUUCAAGCUACAUUAUCAAAAGCCAGGCGACUGGUAGCAGGACAAUCGUGAAUUACAACGAGCUCCCCGAAAUGACAUUCGAAGAGUUUGCCCCCAUCGCAGAUAAAGUAGGGCCUAAAACUGGCUGGUUUCAUUUUGAGGGCCGGAUACCUGAGACAACCCUGGCAUGUAUAAAAUACGUUCGCCAAAAUUUCCCUCGAGCUAAGAUCAGCGUUGAAGUAGAGAAGCCCGGGCGGCCUGGACUAGAGUCACUUGCAAUGGAAGCUGAUGUGGUAUUUUACUCGAAAAGCUGGGCUGAGGGAAAGGGUUAUAAAUCUGCAGAAGAAUGUGUUCGAGCACAAUCAUCCAUAACUCCCAAAGCGUCACUAAUAUGCUGCACAUGGGGUGAAGACGGAGCCGUGGGCUUUGAAACGGGGCCUAAAAACCUCGUUCAUAGCCAAGCGUAUACGCCGCCAGAUUUUCAACUCGUUGAUUCUGUGGGUGCGGGAGACGCUUUCAUAGCGGGCAUGCUGUUCGGGUUAAUCUGCAAGGGAGAUUUCUGGGACCUCACAGAGAAGUUGACUGUCGCGAAUCGGGUCGCAGGGAUGAAAGUCGCCCAGGAAGGAUUUUCAGGGCUUGGCCGUGCUUUGCAUCCAAAAUUCUUUAAAUAAUAUGUUUAUUGAGACUGUAUUUCUAUAUGGCGAAAGUAGUAUUUCUACCACCAGAGCCAAACACCCCUCUUCCUUUUAAAC